AUUUUAAAGAGGCUGGCAUUAGUUGCGAAGACCCGAGAUAGCAGUUCUUUGUUCAUCAACAUAGAAGUUAGCUACAAUAACUACGCCAAAAUAUUAAUAUAGAAGAUAAGUUAAUUGGUAGUAAUGGAUGGUAUUGCAGUACAGACCAAUCUUCAUGGAGCCGGUGUGCGUCCGUCGCUUAUUGCUCGCACGAAAGGCACUGCACCACGCAAAGCACUAGCUCAAAUACAAAAUGUACAGCAGGCUAAAAAUGUAAAGUUUGAGGGAGUAAAACCAUCAAUAAAACCACUAAUGCAACAUGGAAAGCUGAAAACUCUUACACCUAGUAGCAAGGGGUUAAAGAUAAACACACCAGGUAAUAGAUCUGCUGUCCGUAGCAAGACACCGUUUAAAAUCCACCAAGAUAACGUGGAAACCAAAUCGAAAGUAGAGAAUACUGUCCAACCCAAGCACGAGUCAGUUGCAGAAAAAGAGUACAUGCCUCCAAAUACGGAUCGAGAUUUCGAAUUUCCCAUGCCUGAUUAUUUACAACGAGUGCUGACGAGUAAGCCAAGAUUUACAGUGGAUUUAACACCAGAAAUAACAGAACUCGAUCCUGAUGUACUGACUCCUGUAUUUACACCAGAAUUUUUAAACAAAUUAACAGAAGAGGAAACAACUGAUGUAAACGAAGAUUUGGAUACCUUACUAACCGAAUUUUCAGAGGAAAAGUUACUUUAUGAACUCGAAAAUGACGAUACGUUUUCGUUAGAAGCUUUAGAUCGCGAGUUACGUGCGGCUGGCCUUGAUGUUCCAGAGUGGUAAAUGUGAGAUCUCAUUAUAUCGCCUGAAAUUAACAACGCUAACAGACAAAACUAGUUUUUUUAGGAAACAUUUUUUUUAAAUAUUUAUUAACGACAAUAUUGUACAGUAUUAUUUCUGUAAAUAAAGUAUAUUUUAUCUUUCA